UUCCCGUCCGUGUACCAGUCCCGCAACACGUACGUCCGCUGCGUGUCCAACGACGGCCUGCAGCUCGGCCUGGGCAUCACGUAUCAGUUUCUGGUCAACUCCACCGACCUGCACACGGUCGCCCUCCAGUACCACGACUACGGCAAGUACCUCCUGGUGCUCGACAGCGCGGCGGAGGCCAGCUGUCACUGGGCGUGCUCGCAGUUUCAGAUUGGCGACUUCCAGGCGCUGCGGGCAGUCGUUCAGAACACCACCCACGAUCGGCUGCAGUUCAACGUGCAGCCGCUCCAUGCCAUCAUCCUCGACGUUCAAUUGCGCAACGUGACGUACCCGCCCGACUGGUCGAACGCGGUGGCGCUUAAGGAGCAGGCCAGCUAUGACAUCACGCUCGCGUCACAGGAGCGGCAGCAGGCCAUUUCCAAGGCAAACGGCGACCUCCUGCUUGCGAACCAGAACGCGACCAUAACCAUCCAGAUCGCCCAGACCCAAGCGAACGUUAUGCAGGCGCAGGCUGACUAUCAGGGCCAAGCGCUGCUAACCCAGUUCAAAACCGAAGCCGACAAGGCCGCCCAGAUCCAGCAAACUCUGAACUUAACCACGGAAGGGUUAUUGGCCUACCUAGCUAACCGGGCGGUCGGAACUAGUGCGGGGAAAUUGGACGUGGCUAUGGAUGCCCCCGCUCAAAUUUCCUACUCAACAGAGUUGUAG